GUCACUAUUUCUGGUGACACUAUUGUUGUUUUCAAGCUCUUUCUUCGAACAAAAGGCCGCAAACCAUGGCCCAAUCUAUGAAUAGAAACAAAAGCUCGGCUCAAAUAACGGAUAACCCUUGCCCGAAGCUAAAUGCUGCUAUUUCCGAAUUUGAGAAGUUGAGAGAGAAGCAUCAAUUGUUUACACGCGUCUCCUCUCAGACGACCGGUAAAAUAAACGAGAAGAUAGCCUUUCAGGAGUUUGGCGAUGAACUGAUUUCUUGUUUGGGUGUCAUGAGAAGACUCAUGGAAGAUGCAGAGAACGAAAAUAAGAAACUGAAGCAGGAGAAAUUCUUGAUAUACAAAAUCGGCACUGCUUUGGGUGCAGUAAAUCGCGACGUUGAACAAUUACGAGCCGAACUUCAGAAACAAGACCGUCGUUUGGGUGCGCUUCAUAUAAAGGGCGAAAUGAAGGAUAUUUCAAACGAAAGAAACUCGGACGACUACGAGCUACGAAGAGUUUUAGCCGAGAAGGCCGAAAUUCAAGCGAAAUAUGAUGCUUUGAAUGUCUGUUUUCAAGAACUUUUGGUUAAGUCUGAAAACGUCGAGAGAUUGAAUGAACAAGUUCGCUCCUACAAGGACGACAUCGCUCGUGCACAUGAAACGAUAAACUGUAUCAACAACGAGCGAAGAAGAUUGAAGUCCGAAAAGCAUGAUUUGCUUGGCCAGCUGAGGGAAGCUUAUUGCAUUAUUGAAGACAAGGAAAGCGAACUGAGGGACUUCAUUACGAGUUACGAGGCGAGAAUGCGAGAGUCCGAACGACAAUUUGAAGAUAUCACGAACGAAAGACUUUCAUGGAUGGAAGAAAAAAAACUACUGCAUAGCACACAACCGAAUCAAAUAUCACAGCUUAAACAAGUCUUGGACACUAAAGAUAUCGAAGUAAAAGUACUACAAACAGAACUUUCAGAAGUCAAAGAUCAACUGACGCGACUCCAGUUGACUUUGAACUGUCCCGUUUCCAAAUCGGACAAUCAUAAAACGAACCGUUCUAAUGCUGCAACAACCGCCCACGAUUCGGGCAUUUUAAGCCACGUUGAAAGUACAACUCGUAGAGAAGAUUCAUUGGCAUCUGAAAACACCAUCUGCGAGGUGUUUUCGAAUCACGGGAAUGCUGACGAAAAUGAGUCGACUUACUUCAAAAAGAGGAAACGAUACGGCCGUUUGGGACUAGUACGAGUGUUCAGCCGAAGUAAAAGGAAAUCGGUGGACUUAAAAGGUCUUCCGGUAUCGUCUGUUAGCGACGAUUUCGACAGCGAAGUGUCGGAUCUUGUUCAAUUGUGGGAGAACAAUAAAUCGAAUCCUAUAUCACAAUGGAAGUCACCCGCAGUCAUCGCUUUUUUACAUGUACACCUUCAGAUGCCUAUGUAUACAGAUCGGUGUAUGGAGAACGUGAAAAGUGGCCGAAUUCUUGCUGACAUGAGUGACGCCGAGUUAUCUAGGAGUCUGGGAAUCAUAAGUUAUAUGCAUCGAAGGAAGAUACGCCUGGCGAUCGAGGAUUUUCGCCAUCCCGCCUCUGUAAAAUACUCGAAGAUAGGUGAAAUCAAUCAUCAUUUUAUCGCUCACGAUUGGCUCGCCCAUAUUGGUCUUAGCCAAUACUCUUUCACUUUCGAAACGCAAAUGGUUGACGGUCGAGUUCUCACUGCAUUAACGAGAAAGGAUAUUGAAAAAUACUUGAACAUUACCUCAAAGUUUCAUCAGGAAAGCAUACUUUUUGGGGUUGAUCUUCUCAAGCAUCUUGACUACGAUCGCGAGGUUCUUGCGAGACGUAAAGAGAAGUGCGAUGAGUACGAUCAUGACCCGUUGGUUUGGAGUAACGAAAGAGUGAUUCGUUGGUGUGAUGCCAUUAACCUCAAGGAAUACUCCAGUAAUUUACGCUCCAGUGGUGUCUUUGGUGGUCUUCUUGUUUUAAAUAAUUCGUUUGGUCCCGAAGAAUUUGCCAAAUGUCUAAAUAUUCCCGAGGAGAAAACGGCCAUACGGAAGCAUUUAGUUGGAGAACUAUCGUCAUUGAUGAUCAAUGCAAGAAUUAAUUCGAGCGGGUGGUUACGAUCGCGAAGCUUCAGUCGACGUAGUUUUCGUCCAAGAUCGAAAAGUCUUUAUCGUCACAGUCAACGUGCAGGAGAGUAUGAAGUCACUGGUAACAGCCAAGAUGACAAUGUUACCAAGUUACUUGAAUUGAAUGGAUGUAACCAGGACGUUUAUAAUGUCGCGCCGGGCGAUCCUACGAAGCGAAAUUCCUUCGAGAGGUGGUCAUUAAGGAUACAGCGACCCAAGUCUACUGAUUGCGAACGUCAUCUUGUGGAAUAAAAUAUGUGCUUUUGAUGGCAAAUCGCAUGCACUCCAAAACGAACCACUAUUUGUACAGCAAAACUUAAUUGCACUGUAAGCGUAGUUAGUGCUUCAAACAAUGAUUUCGUUGUUCAAAUUUUUAAGCCUUGCGUCGUGCACAAAAAUUUUUACAGCGCUGAACCGGGUUGGAGAAAUCGUUUCUUCUUGCAAUGUUGCGUUCAUAUUGUUGCUCUUGAUGUACUUUUUAUGACGAUGCUUUGAAUUUUUGUUCAGUUUAAUAAAUAAAUUUUGUAUAUUUC